GUAGGUCUUACGUUGCUGCCGCGUUCGGACAGCACAAUGAUCUCCAAGGUGUUACUCGUGGCAGCUGCGUUUCACAUAGGCUUGGCUCUGCCUGAUUACAUAUACCGAAAGCCGACGCAAUAUGUACCGUCUAAACCGUCUUUAUGCCCGCCUACUUUUGACAGACAUCCUUUGAUCCUCGUCUCGAUGGACGGGUUCAAGCCAGAGUACCUGAGUCGCGGCAAGACCCCCACCAUCCUCGCUCUCGCUAAUAGGGGAGUGAGGUCGCCGUAUAUGAAGCCUUCGUAUCCCACUGCUACGAUCCCCAAUCACUAUACGAUAGCUACUGGAAUGUACCCACCCGCCCACGGCAUCGUAGCCAACAAAUUCUACGACCCGGUUUUCGACGCUGAGUUUCGAAUCGGCUCUGCUCCGGAAAGUUUCAAGAAGCGUUACUGGGGCGGAGAACCCAUCUGGAAAACGGCCGAAAACCAGGGCUUGCGUGCGGGCACCUAUUACUGGCCCGGUUCGGAGGUGGACGGGAACCAACCUUCGUAUUGGUUCCGCUACAAUGAGAGCAUUCCCUUUGAAGACCGCGUCGAGCAGGUCUUGGCGUGGCUGGACCUCCCCCCUGCCCAGCGACCACAGUUCCUGACGCUGUAUAUGCAUGAGCCUGACAGAACGGGGCACAACUUCGGUCCUGCGGCACCUGAGGUCGACGAGAUGCUGACUCGCGUGGACUCGAUCAUAAGACUCCUCGUAGACGGACUGGAGAAACGAAAGCUCUUCUCCUGUACUAAUCUCAUCAUCUUAUCGGAUCACGGGAUGUCGGAGGCUGGCCAGGACAAAGCACUGUUUCUGGAUCAGUACAUUCCCAACCUUGAAAAUCGGACGAGGUUUUGGGAUGGUGUUUUCAGCAGGUUCACUCCCAACGACGGAUCACAGAGCACGAAGAACGAAAUGCUCAACGCCCUCUCGUGUAAGAGACAAGAGUUAAGAGUCUAUGACAAGAAGGAUCUCCCGAUUAGAUGGCACAUCGGGAACCAGCGCCGCGUGGAAGACAUCGUAGUGGACCUUAACCCAGGCUUCAGCGCGGGAGGCGACAAGACUUUCGAGGCCGACGCUGGUGAUCAUGGCUAUGAUUACUUCUUUGAAGAUAUGAAUGCUCUCUUCUUAGCUCACGGUCCAUCUUUCCAUCGCAACGUUGAGGUAGAGGCUUUCCAGAACAUUGAACUUUACAACCUCAUGUGUCAACUCCUCGGCGUGACACCCGCUCCCAACAACGGCACGUGGGGUUCUCUUCAUCACAUGCUCGUUAAUCCGCCGCCAUACCCAAUUACUACGCAGGAAUUCCCUCCUCCAGUUAUAGCUGCGCCGCGCGAGGAACAUAUAGGCUAUAGCUCAGUGAAGCCCCUUUGCGAGGGAGACUUCGAUAAGGACUACGACUACCUGGAGGUCCUGAAGGAAACCGAGGAGGAGCUUCCUAAGGUGUUCGACGCUCACCUGCCUUUUGGUGUGCCGAGUAUGGGAGUCGUCAGGAACACGGUCGCCUUGCUAGCCCAGCCUAACUUCAUCACAGCUUAUUCCCCCAUCUUGAAAAUGCCUCUCUGGACGAGCUUCACCAUCACCCAACCCAGCGUCGGCGGCAGGAGGUUCCCCUGGAGGAGCGACCUGAGGCUGGCAUUGAGUCAGAGGUCUUCUUGUGUCCAUUACCUGCAACUUCUCCUGCAGGGGUACUCUCAGCAGCCUCUCUUUCCGCCAGAGUUCAACUGCCAUGAGGAGGUCAGCCAGCUGCCGUUCCUGAUGAGCAACGCCAUCCCUCAGACGCCGAGGCUGACGCAGCGCUGGCAGCAACUCCUCUACCUCGUGAACUCGUGGGUCAGGAAGUACGGCGUCAUCAACGUGCUAACGGGGCCUGUGUUUGAUCACGACGGGGACACCUUUGCUGAUAAUUUGUAUACUGUCAGGAACCCCAGCGGAGGCUUGGCUUUACCAACCCACAAGUUCCUCGUAGUAAGCAGAUGCAUCGUGUGGGUGCAACACAUGAAGUACUGUCCCCCUGCAUACGUGGACGCCCUUGCAUUCGUCUACCCUCAGACCACUUCCGUUUCCAAUUGUCUUAGCUCCGAGCAGUACGCCAGGAAAUACAGUGCUUCGGUACAAGACGUGGAGAAGAUAACAGGCCUGAGACUCUUCCCCAGCUUCAGUUACAAGGACCAGGUCAGGCUCCGGGUCAGGAUCCACUCCAACAUCUGGGGUCGUGAGUCCUGGAGGAAUCGACUCUUCUCAAACGUCUUCGGUGUUUUAGUGUAGGCCGUGACGUAUGCUGUGAUUAGUUUUAAGGGGUGACGAAGAUUUGAUAUUGAAGAGAGGAGGGGAUUCUGUAGGAAAGGAGGAAGGUCUUUGAGAAAUGUUUAAAAUAUUUUGAGGAAAAAGAAGAAAAAAACUUAAAGAAAAGAAGGGAGAAUAUCCUUUUAAAAAUUAUAAACAGCUUUUAAAAAGGGGGAAAAUCCUCUACGAAAAGAAGACAAUAUCUUAGAAAAGAAAAUCCUAUAAUUAAAGAAAAACAAACGACAAAAGAAUAUAUGUUCAAAGUGAAAUAAAAAUGCUAAGGGAAAUUAGUUAUAUAGAGAAAAUAAAAUUUUACGAAAAAGAGUUUUAUAUUAAAAAAAAGCUUACAAGAAAGGACCAAUAAAAACACCCUAGAAAGAAAAAACAAAACAAAACAAAUCAGUAACAAAAGAAAAUCUAUUAACAAAA